GCUGCCUGUUUUCCUGCCGUUUCCUACCUCAUCUGGCUGCAUGUGAAUGGACAGCAGGCUGCAGCUUGACUCGGUUUCCGGAGGAGUUGAGGAGGAAUCCAACACCUGCAGCAGGUGUGUCGCUGCUGCUGCUGCCAACAGGAUGUCCUGCUGCUGCUGCUGUGUGGCUGCCAGCGGGGAGCUGCUGGACGGGAUCCGGAAGAAGGUACGGCUGUUCUCAGAGGAGGAGGAGGAGGAGGUGAGCAGGAGGAAGAUGGACGUGUCUCUGCUUAGAGAAGAGUACAGGAGCAGCAGAGAGAAGCAGAAGACCCUCACACAGGUGCUGCUGUUCCGGACAGUUUCAGAGGAGCCAGCCGAAGCUGUAAGAAUCGUCCCUGUUGCUCAGGGUUUGGUGUCUCCGUGGGAACCAAACACCCCGCCCCCAUCCUUUGACGCCGACCAGAAGAUGUACGACCCCUGGCACGUCCACCUGGAGCUCCACAGGCGCUCCCAUCCUACCGGGUCGACCCAGCUGCCUCACAGCAGGCAUACGUGGUCUUCGUCCUCUGACGUCGGUGGCUCUCAGCAGGAGUCCAGAAGCAGAAAACCCUCAUCAUCAGUUUCUCUCUGCAGCUCCAGAGAAACAUCGCCCUGCACCAGAGAAAAAGACGAGGCGCGUCCAGACUCUGGAACGUCUGACGGAUCCAGUGGAGGCUCCUCCAGAACCUGCGGGGUGGAUCAGGUCCAGAGUUCCUCUGAACAACACCUCAGUGAGGAUCCUGCUGAGAUGAGCGCACAGAGUUCAGUCAUUAUUUUUCAGGGUCCUGUGGACCCUGGCCCUGAUGGAGGUUCCACCUGCACCCCAAGUACCACCAGCCCCCACCUGAACCAGGAACAGAACCAGUCUUCAGAGAGUAUUACAUCAAAGGCUCGGAGGGGCUCUAGGUUCAGCAGGCAGCUGAGCAUUGGGGGGAUGUGCUCGUCCUCACAGAACCACUACCCGUUCCCAAGCAGAAAGACCCCAAGGAUCUCUGAGGCUGCCAGAAGACUGGGGAUGUACUCGUCCUUCUGAGGACUGCAGGGUCAGGGUUAAGGCCACAUCCAGCAUCCACACAGUCUGACAUGAAGCUCUGUCUGUGACUGAGAUGACAAAAUGCAACAAAAUGUGUUGAGCAGCAAGACGUGGAACACCGACAAUGUUUUGCUCCAUUUCUGUAAUGCUCACACUAAGGUGGAUAGGAACCUGCUGGUUUAUGAUUUAGAGGUAAAGAAGCAAACAAGAUUUUCUUUAAUUAUUCAGUCUGUUGUGUUUGCUUGUGUACCAUCAAUCAACAGAAAUAAUGAAAAACAAUUGAAAAGGUUGGGAAAAACAAAAAAAAUAAUGCUGAAAAUGUAAUUAACAUUAAUAAAGGUUUAAAAACAGGAUUCUGAAGCUGCCAUCGUGUUUGAGGACAUGGAUCUGCUGCAGAAGUGUGUUUCGUAAAUUCUUUUGAUUAAAUGCAAAUGUUUAAUCUUAUUAGAUUUGUUUUUAAGGCUGAUCUGCUACUAAUAAACCAAA